AAGAUAAUUUCGUAUUUUUUAUGCAAAAUUAUUGUUUAUUGUAAUAAGUUGAAUUUAGCAUCAUCUUAACUAUUGAUAAUAGCAUUGUGAGAUAUAUUUUGUGUCUUAACAUUCAUUUAUAUCUACAAAAACAAUGCAAAGUAAUUGACUGAAAUAAAAGCGUAUUAUUUUCAAUAUUCGAUUCGUUGAUUGUGUAAUUAAAUGAGUAGAGCCAUGUUCGCAAAAAGAGCUGCUGUUAUUGGUGGUGGUCCUUGUGGACUAGGAGCUGUAAAAGCAUUGAAAGAUGAAGGAAUCGAAGCAGUAUGCUUUGAAAGAACGGGUUAUAUAGGAGGUCUUUGGAGAUACCAUGAUGAUGAUGUAGAUGGAAUAGCCUCAGUAAUGAAGACUACUAUUAUCAAUACGAGUAAGGAACUGGGUGCCAUGAGUACAUUUCCCCCUCCCGCCGAAUAUCCGAACUAUAUGCACAAUACGUUAAUGUACGAAUAUAUAAUAAAAGCAGCUGAAAAAGCAGGAACAUCUCAACAUGUACGAUUUUACCAUGAGACGAAAUUGAUUGAAAAAGCAGAAGAUUAUGAGGAAACUGGACGCUGGAAAGUAACCAACAAAAAUACUCAGACAGGAGAAUUGGUGGCAGAAACUUUUGAUUUUGUGUGUGUUUGUAUAGGUCACCAUGUUUACCCAAACAUUCCAACUCUACCAAAUCAAGAAGAAUUUGAAGGUAAAAUAAUGCAUACGCAUAGUUUGAAGAAAGUAGAUGCAUUUGAAGAUCAGAAAGUAGUUGUUUUAGGAGUUGGUAAUUCUGGAAUGGAUGCCGCUGUGGAAUUAAGUGCCGUUACUAAACAAGUAUAUUUGAGCAGCAGACGAGGAUCAUGGAUCAUACCAAGAAUUGGUCCUAAAGGUUUGCCAUAUGAUGCAGCGUUUACAAGGCGUUAUCUCCACUUCUUUAUGGAACAUUUACCAUUCAAUUGGGUUUGUUCUUUCUCAGAGAAAGAAAUCAAUAAAAAUUUCAAUCAUUCAAUUUACAACCUUAAGCCAAAGCAUCGUAUUUGGAGUCAACAUCCAACUGUUAGUGAUACAUUGCCUAUUAAAUUACUGAGUGGAGUAGUUAAAACUAGAGGAACAAUCCAGAAGUUUACAAAAAAAGGUGUCAUCUUCGAGGGAGAAGAGGAAGAAACAGAAGUGGAUACUGUAUUUUUGGCUACUGGAUACAAAGUGAAAUUUCCUUUUCUGAGUGACGAUAUUGUCCGAGUGGUUGAUAAUCAAGUUCAACUCUACAAAUUCAUAUAUCCUCCUCAUUUACCGCAUCCUACACUUGCCAUUCUAGGUUUAGUCCAGCCAAAUGGUCCUGGUUUUCCUGUUGGUGAAAUGCAAUGCAGAUGGACAGCUAGGCAUAUGGCCGGUAACUUGAAACUUCCACCUAAAGAAGAGAUGAUGGCUGAUAUCGCUAAGAAACUAGAGUGGAUUCGCGACAAAUUUGUCAGCUCACCUAGACAUACACUUGAAGUAGAUUUUAUAGGAUAUCAAGAUGAACUUGCUGAUGACAUUGGAGUCAAACCAAAUCUUCUUAAAAUAGCUAUCACUGAUCCAAAACUGUUUUGGGCUCUUAUAUUUGGACCUUCUCUUUCUUACCAGUACAGACUUCAGGGACCUCAUUCCUGGGAUGGGGCCAGAAAUGCAAUUUUAACUUACAAAGAAAGAGUAAUGAAACCAUUACUAAGACCUGGACAACAGAGAAUGAGAAGACGAAAGCACUUUUUGAGCAUGGAACUAGUUAUUAAAUUAUUGUUUUUGUUACCUUUUUUGUAUUUCUCUUAUAUCGUUUUGUUUAGAUGAAAUUACUUUAAAAAAGUUUCAGAUAUUUAAAUUUAUUGUUUUAUUUACUUUAAUUACCUGUAACAGAGUGAAAUAUUCAUGAAACAGACGUAUAUAUUGAAUUAUUUUGAUAUUUUUAAUGGAGAUAGGUAAGAAAAAUUUUCCUGUAAUUUAGCUUUGAAAGUGAAAGUUGUUUUAGAACAUUGUUUUCUGUUUUAAGGAACACUUCAAUUCCUUGCAUAAUAUUUUCAAAUUAUCUUAUGAAACGCAGAUACUUAUUCGUUUUGUAAGAAAUGGUAUAUGUACAUUUUUUGUUAACUGAGUAUUUUAUUGCUUUAUCCUUAACAUUAUUGUUAAAUAUUAUUUCUACUUAAUUUUUGUACCAGAUUAUAUUUUAUAAAAAAUUAUUAAAUUUUUUAGCAAAUA